GGACGUCCUACCGUUGUCAAAUAUCGCGGUAACUGCCUCCAUAAUCACUACGUAAUGUGCCGUGCUGCUUCUAGCGGCGCUGGUGACAGUGCUGAAAGCUGUUGGGUAUGAAGUGAAACGGAACUGAAUUUUUGUACCAUCCGCAACUGCUUGAAGUUCAGAUCACCACAAGGAAACCGAAAACAAACCUUCCCGAAACAAGCAAAAGUUGCAACACUGAAGACGCAAAAAACAACGGAUCACUUCAAGGGUUUAAAAGAAGAAGAAAAACACGAAGCAACCAAAUCCUGAAACGACCAAAGAAGACGCACGUCCGCCCAAUUGAAACCUAGAAGAUAAGCAAUCCUGCGCCCAAGCAUAUUCUGAGAAGACUUAACUGAUCUGAAACCAGAAGUUUGUGCCUACUCAACAGCUUUGACAAAGCACACGUCCCAACGCUGCUCCUAGCCCUCCUCAUCCUCACCACAUCACGACUCACCACCGGGGUGUGGAGUGGGCUGCUAUCUGCUAGUUUUAUUCCCCCCCCCCCCAUAGUUUCCUCUCCCAUCUUUCCCCAUUUCUCACUUUUUCAUUGUCUUUUUUUUUUCCUCGGCAGUGUUAUUACACCUGCAGGUUUUUUUUUUUGUGGCACUAGAUUCCCCCCUCUUUUUUUUGCUUUAUGCAACCAUCUAGAGCUUGUGCCAGAAACCUGUAACGUGUGUGUGUGUUCAACUGUGUGCAUGAAGAGAUCUGCAGGAACUGCCGAGUCGACGAGAUCCUGAGAAUUACGAGAUUCAAGACAACACAGAAAGACAUCCAGCGGUGUAUCAUUGGGUGGUUACAUUUAAGAAAAAAACUAAACAAAUAGAGCUCAGUCUAACAGUCAAGCAAAACAAACAUUCAAACAAUAAAUCAAAUUCAGCAAGUGCUCGAGCAAGUUCGGUCCGAGUUUAUGGGAAAAUAUGGGCAGCCCUUGGAAAGGCUUUGUUGAGUUUACCUUGCCUGCGUCACCACCCACCACGUUCGUUAGCGCUGACCUGAGCAGCACCUCCCCCGUCGGACUCAGCCUGUCGCCAUAUGGCCGAUCCCAAAUCAGAGUCCUAUCCCCACUGUCAGAAAUGGAGAGAGGCUCCUCUGAACCCCCGGUGGCCCGCAACACCGACUCCGCCCCAUCUGCUUCCACUGAUCCCGUGCCCAUACCCCGCUCUGCCUCCGUCUCUUGCCAGCCCCACCCGGGAAGUAAAAAACACAAGCGGACCCCCUUAUAUCAGAGAUCAAUGAGUUUUGACCCAGGCAUGCUCCAUAACAAUGGGCACACUGCGUAUGCCAACAGCACGGGGCCCGGCAUCCGAGAGACUGGUGUGGUGGAGAAGCUCCUUACGUCAUACGGGUUCAUACAGUGCUCUGAGCGUCAGGCGCGUCUCUUCUUCCACUGCUCCCAGUAUAAUGGCAACCUGCAAGAGCUUAAAAUAGGAGAUGAUGUAGAGUUUGAGGUAUCCUCUGACAGGCGCACUGGCAAGCCCAUAGCAGUGAAGUUGCUAAAGAUAAAGCCAGAGGUGCUGCCAGAGGAGCGCAUCUCGGGCCAGGUGGGGCCAGACCUGCACGCCUAUCCCUUUACUGUGCUGCAUGGUUAUAUUCAUCCAGUUGUUUCGGCAAUCCCGGUGCACUUGGACGGAAAGUCUGCACCGGGCCAGGUGCCCACUGGCAGCGUUUGUUAUGAAAGAAACGGGGUAAGUGGAGAGGUGUUCUACCUUACUUACACCCCUGAUGACGUGGAGGGAAAUAUCCACCUGGACACAGGCGACAAAGUCAGCUUUUACAUGGAAACCAACAAGCAUACCGGUGCAGUCAGCGCUCGUAAUAUUCAACUUGUGAAGAAAAAGCAAAUGAGGUGCCAGGGAGUGGUGUGUGCUACAAAGGAGGCCUUUGGGUUCAUUGAGCGGGCCGACGUGGUGAAGGAGAUCUUCUUCCACUACAGCGAGUUCAAGGGUGAUCUUGAGGCGCUGCAAGCUGGAGAUGAUGUUGAGUUCACCAUCAAGGACAGAAAUGGUAAAGAGGUGGCCACCGAAGUGAGGCUGCUCCCCCAGGGCACGGUGAUCUUCGAGGACAUCAGCAUUGAGCAGUUCGAGGGCACCGUCGUAAAGGUCAUUCCUAAGGUCCCCACCAAAAACCAGAACGACCCCCUUCCAGGCCGUAUCAGUUCCCGCAUUGGUUUCAAUGACAAGGAGCUACCAUUCGGCGAGAAGGACACAAAGUCCAAGGUGACACUUUUGGGGGGAGACCACAUCCAGUUUAACAUCUCCACCGACCGCAGGGACAAGCUAGAGAGGGCUACCAACAUCGACAUCCUCCCAGACACCUUCGACUUCACCAAGGAGACCCGUGAAAUGGGCGUGAUUGCGGCUAUACGAGACGGCUUUGGUUUCAUCAAGUGCGUGGACCGGGACGCCAGGAUGUUCUUCCACUUCAGUGAAGUCCUGGAGGAAAGCCAACUGCACAUCUCAGAUGAAGUGGAGUUCACUGUUGUGCCUGUAGGUCCUGUUUAUAAGCUUUUCACAAAAGACAUGCUGUCAGCUCAGAGGAACCACGCGGUGCGCAUCAAGAAGCUGCCCAAGGGCACGGUGUCCUUCCAUACCCAGUCUGAGCAGCGCUUUAUGGGUGUGGUGGAGAAGGAAGUCGUGGCAAACAACACCAAGAAUGUCAGUCCCACCAAGGCCAAGGAAAAGGAAAAGGAGGCUGAGGAAGGAGUGAUUGCAUAUGAAGACUGCGGAGUGAAGCUCACGGUGCCGUACCACAACAAGGACCUAGAAGGAGGAGGGUACCCACAGGUCGGAGACAAGGUGGAGUUCUCCAUCAACGAAGUGAAGCGCACCGGCCUGCAGAGCGCAGUGUCCGUUCGGGUCCUCAACCGCAAUGCCUCCAACGCCAAGAGACUGCUUGGAUUUGUCGCCACGCUCAAGGACAACUUUGGCUUCAUUGAGACGGCAAAUCACGACCAGGAGAUUUUCUUUCACUACAGUGAAAUGUGUGGCGACUUGGAAAACUUGGAGCUGGGCGACACAGUGGAGUACACUCUCUCUAAGGGAAAAGGGAACAAAGUCAGUGCUGAGAAGGUUACCAAAGUGGCUGCAGUGAAUGGCAUUAGCGUGGAUGUCGAUGCAACGGUUAUGAUGGGGAAGGUUAUCCGUCCCUUGCGCAGUGUGGACCCCUCCCAGACAGAAUACCAGGGGCUGAUUGAAAUCACGGAGGAAGGUGCAACUAAAGGCCCGAAUUAUCCCUUCGGCAUCAUGGGUAUGUCAAACAAGGCCGAUUGCCUGCAGAAAGGGGAACUUGUGAAGUUCCAUGUUUGUACAGUGGCCCAAACUGGACAGAAGAUGGCCUGUAAUGUGGUCCCUCAACGCAAAGCGUUGGUGGAGUGUGUCAAAGACCAGUUUGGCUUCAUCACAUAUGAAGUUGGUGAGAGCAAGAAGCUGUUCUUCCAUGUAAAAGAGGUGCAAGACGGCCUCGAGCUCCAGACCGGGGAUGAGGUAGAGUUCUCCGUCGUCCUCAAUCAACGCACAGGAAAAUGUAGUGCCUGCAACGUACGCAGAGUCAGCGAAGGGCCGAAACUGGUGGCGACUCCGCGUCCGGAUCGACUGGUGAACCGGUUGAAGAGCAUCACCCUCGACGACGCCAGCGCUCCUCGCCUGGUGAUCGUCAGACAGCCUCGUGGUCCCGACAAUUCAAAGGGCUUUAGUGUGGAGCGCAAGACUCGCCAGCCCGGCGUCAUUGACUGAGCAAUACGCAGCCCCGACCUGUUUGGCGUUGGUGGGAUGCUGUUGCAAUGUGUCACGACAGGGGAUAAGGGAAAUUUGAUCUGACACAUGAUCGCAAACACGCACACACAAACUCAUACACAGACACACAAACGUUAAUCGGCAGGUGUAAUCUUUGUCCCCAUUGAUGCCUGCGAGGGAACUUUUUCUCAUUCCACAGUUCCCUGUAUGAUGUACUGGAUGCAGAGUUCAACACUACAUGGUGUCUCGGCGUGGGUGGGUGGGCGUGCGUGUGUGUUGUAUCCUAGAAGUGAUUAUAGUGUGUACCGGAGGUAUUUCUUUGAGGGUCUCGUCCCUCUGAAUCAGAUUGAUGACUGUGUGGCUGUCUAUGUCCUGAUCUUUUUUUCUCUAUUUUUCUCUCUUUCUUUUUCUGGAAUUCUGCACCUGUAAUCUGUCCAGCAGUUUGCUUAGUGGUGUCUCACGUAUUUGAGCAUCUGCUCCGUUUUUUUUCAUUUUCUCUUCGCUCAUAUUUUUGCUCCUUUACCCAUGGAAACUUGAAAUAGGUUCAUUGUCACGUUUUCACUAUUGUAUGCUUUCCUACAAGACUCAUAAAGCAAAGCAAAAGUUCCCUCCAUAAGGAGGAUCAUAUUUCUCAUGUGCGAGCUUAAACUGAAGAUUCUUCUCUGCUCGUUUUUUUGAGCAGUUUUUAAAACGCUUUAUUGAAGAGCUGAAGUGAAAGCAUGGUGUGUGUGUGUGAUGUAUGUGACCGUCAACGUAGUUAAACCAAUCUGGAACCUUGAGACACCUUUUUGGUAUUCACAUGCUCCACUCAAGCAAUUUUUUUUUUCCAGGUGCAGAAUUCCUUGUGGCAUCUUAUAUCUGCAGUUAUUUUAUACUGUUUUAUUGCACAUAUUUUUGCUUUUUUCCAUUGAGACUCAAUCUGCUAAUAAUGAAUUAAGUAAGAAUAAGGUGCCUAAAAACUACAAGCAAAAUAAAAAAAAUGUAAAAAAGAAUAAACACAAAAUUAGAUGUAUCUUCUGUUCCCAGCCAACAGCCAAAACAUCCAGAACAAUCUUAGGGUGGCUUUCUUUUCUAGUAGAAAUAAUACUGAUAUGCAUCCCAAACCUGUGGGUUGAACUAUACUGUAUUCUAUGUAAUGUGUGCUGCUUUCUUUUGCUUUUUUUUAUAUAUAUUUUUUUUAUUUUAUGUUUUUGCUUAAUGGAAGUUCAUUGAAACUUCAUAUAUAACAAAUUUAACUUAAAGAAUGACAAAGGUAAAGUAUGAUAAAUUCAGUAAAAAAAGCAUUAAGAAUCGGGAUACAAGUUAUCGAGCGCUAGAGACAUGGGUGAGCUCUUUGUGCCUCUGCACAUUAAGUUACAGUUGGUAGUGGGGUUGGGGUGGGGGGGGAUUACAUUUGAGAUCACAGGGUUUCUGUUGAACCACGAACAGAGGUUCUCAUGUACUUUUGUUAAUGGUCUUGAAUGAAACGAUUGAAUUAAAGUUUUAUGAAAAUCCUG